UGCACUCCGAGCGUCUAGCCAAUGUAUGUGGCCACCCCCUUUGUACCUGAGUGACCGCCUCACGUCUUGCUCAGUCGUCAUAUAGUAGCUCGGCAUCUGCAACUAUUGAAGAUCAUAUCGUAAGUCGAUCGCUGAUGCCUGCGCCCGCGCGCGAGGUGACAUUUUCCGUCAGAGCCGCCACCAAUUGAAAGACGAUAUUGACGAUGCGAUGCCUCUGUGUUAUACCUCAUUCUUGCCUUCCCCGCUAGACUCGCCGCUGAGUGCGCCUUCGUCAUCUCAGCUGUCCGUAGUAUCGGCGGCGGAUUCCGGCUACGAUGAGCUACCGGAGAUUCCAUUCGUAUCCUCUUCGCCGUCACGAUUCGACAGUGGUUGGAAUCCGAUGGAGGGUUGUUCAAGCCGGGGGAGUGACGACAGCCACUGCGAGCGGACCUUCUGGGCCUCGGUCAUCCGGCCCACAGCCUCGCGGUCGUCAGACAAGAGCAUGCCCGUCCUCGGGCAGAUGAGCGAGCGCAGCGUGGCGCCCAGCCGUCAGCGCGCUCCGUCCAUCUCCUCGACGGCAUCGUCCCGGUCACGGCCUGCCCCCGCCAAGUCCAUCCUGUCCUCCAGCUCGUCCACGAGAACCAGGACGACGGCACGGUCGCCGCCAUCCGUCAAGUUUCUUGACAUGCCCACGAUCCAUUACGAAGAGGACGAAUUCGAGCACGCCCGGGGCCACGCUCGGUCCGUCUCUGAGGACAGCGGAAAGCGGAGCUUUCUGAAAUGGAUCCGGGGUGCAAGCAAGAAGGCUCAACCGGCGGAAGAGCGACCGACGAUCUCUGGACCGUUCCCACUGUGGGAGACACCACCGCGCCGUACGCACAGCGGCGGCACACCGAGUGUGCGUUCGAUGAAGUCUGGAGCGCCAAGUUUGCGCUCGAUGAAGUCGAACGGCAGCCUCCGGUCCAUUCGAUCGUGUAGCAGCAGGCUGCAUACAUAUUGGGGCAGGGUGACUGGGAAAGAACUAUGAACUGGUUUCAUAGCUGGUACGUGUGUAGUUUUUGGGCUUCGGCGGUAUUCCUGGACCAAACUGACGAAUUGUGGGAUGUAGGGUACUUUCUGCGACCCCCUUCCAUGCGGGCUUUACGUCUCAAGUGUUCUUUAGCCGUUCCCUUCGCAUGUGCUCU